CUCUCACUCCUUCUCGAGUACGGCAAUAUUUGCACCCGGAAUAGGGGGUCGCUUUCAGGCGUUUGUGUCUGUACAUAUGACACACACAGAUAAUGUUUAUCUGCCCACAGAAUUCAUUCAUGAGCUGACUACGCGGUCCGAGGGGUUCGCGAGAGCGCUAUACAAAUAUCAAGUGUCGCCAUGGCCUCGCUAUCGUACCGUAUAACCACGCAAAGGCCCGGAUUGUGAACGAGGUCGAUCUUCCUGCAUACCAAUAGGCUCUGAUGCGAGGACAACAUUGUCAGGCCUUAACACGCCAGGAUUGAGACAUGGGAGACCUGGAUUUAUCUGAAACAGUUCAUACACUGUCAUAACGGUUGACUAGAGUUCAUUAUACCAUAACCUAAAUUCAACUGGAUUUCAAAACAGGAGACAGCUGUAUAUCCAGCUUAUUCUGCCUCCAGCCAUGUUCGUACUAACCUGUGAUAUUUCUGGGAUGAAUACAUAUUGAUGCUUAUAGGUUGAUGGGAACCUACUCGGUUGUAACUUCCAUUUGAAUAUUUGCGAUUUUACAAGGUUAUGAUUUGUUUAAGAUCGCUAAGGAGACGAUUGCCCCAGAUGAAGAAUAUAUUCAAGAAGAAAAUACUGUUCCUUCUUUUGUGUGCCGUAGGCUGUCUUGUAUAUGUUUGGAUGACGGAAGAUCAGGUGUCUUUUGGACCGGUCCUGAAUCACAAAUGGACAUUGGUCAGCGGUUCGGCGGAUCUGUACGUCUUCAGCGCGUAUUUCACUGGACGUGACCACCUGGUGAGAAUCGUCAGCGUAGGUCCCACCUUGAGCAAGGGCAGGGUGGUGUGUUCCUAUUACUUCCUGAAUGACGUCACGGACAAGGUGGAGGCUGGGGAAGAAGAUGUGUCAGGGACCAUACAUCAAAUGAGGGAUCAUCAUGGGAUGACAUUCAACACCCUUGAAAUAACCUGUCCUUUAAAGAAGGGAAGCUAUCCACAUUUUAUUGGGCUCUCCGCUACAGGGAAACCAAGUAAUUACUUGAAGAUCAACUACCCACCUACACGAAGUUUUAAAGCCAAAUUCACAGUCUGCAUACCCCCGAUUCAUUCAAAUUUCAGCCACACGACAGAAGUCGUUCAAACUCUUGAAUUUGACCAGAUGCUAGGUGCAAGCGACUUCACCAUCUAUUACACGUCUGCAUCACCGGAAGUGGAUGCUGUUCUGCGCAUGUACAGAGAUGUCGGGGUGGUGAAAGUAGUCCCGUGGUUUAUACCAGAUGUUGAUGUACAUUAUCAUGGACAGAUCGCUUCCGUUCGAGACUGUUUCUAUAGGAACAUGCAUACGUCGGAUUAUAUUGUGUUCAAGGAUCUUGAUGAGAUACUACUGCCAUACAAACACCGAACAUGGCAGCAACUCUUGGACAACAUCCUUGAACGCCACUCACGAGCAGGAGCAUUCAUCUUCCGGAAUUCAUUCAUACAUAAACUCGGUCCAGACGUCACGGAUAGCAUGAAGAGUGCUGAUAUUCAAAUUGCAAAAACAUUCGGCCUCUACACGCUUCUUAAACGGCAGCGUCAGACAGAGAUUUGGAAAUACAACCUACGUGCUAAAUUCAUUGUUAACCCCUUGAGAGUACAUAAUGUAGAAAUACACGAGGUGAAGGAUAUAAUGGAAGGAUAUACUCGUGAAGUGGUUGAUGAACCAUUGGGUCUACUAUUCCAUUAUAAACAAUUUACUGAUGCAAAGAUCAAGACUGUGAAUGAUCCUGCGGCUGCACGGUAUCGCGAGGAACUGAUAAACAGGGUCAAAAAUACCUAUCACGUUUUGAAUACUCAGUAUUGAAAGAACACACUCACUGACUCCACAUGAAGAAAAGAAUGUGAGAGAACACGGAGUUCAAUAUCUUUACAUUGACUUACACUGUGCUCAAUCAUUCUGAUGCACCUCAACAUCUAAAGUCUCUACUCUGCCCAUACCAUCCAAGUCGACAACUAAGAUCAGCCAACAGCAGUUUACUAGGAAAAG